AGCACUAAUAAAGGCAGAAGUCUAGUAUCCCUUUACAGCAUUCCUCCUGGUCAUAAGGCAACAGAGUUUGGUGUGAGAUAGUAAGUGGGGCUUAGCAGCAAGGAGUAUUAGGAAAUAGGAUUCUAAGCCAUGGCCGAUGAGGAGAUUGCAGCUCUGGUGGUCGACAAUGGGUCUGGGAUGUGUAAAGCUGGCUUUGCAGGUGAUGAUGCUCCCAGGGCUGUGUUCCCUUCCAUUGUGGGCCGUCCCCGUCACCAGGGAGUGAUGGUUGGAAUGGGUCAGAAAGACAGCUAUGUUGGAGAUGAAGCCCAGAGCAAGAGGGGCAUUCUGACUCUGAAGUACCCCAUUGAACACGGCAUUGUCACCAACUGGGAUGACAUGGAGAAGAUCUGGCACCACACCUUCUACAAUGAACUGCGAGUGGCCCCAGAGGAGCAUCCUGUUCUCCUCACAGAGGCACCCCUCAACCCCAAAGCCAACAGGGAGAAGAUGACCCAGAUCAUGUUUGAGACCUUCAACACCCCAGCCACGUACGUUGCCAUUCAGGCCGUGCUGUCCCUGUACGCUUCUGGCCGUACGACUGGCAUUGUGCUAGAUUCUGGUGACGGUGUGUCCCACACCGUGCCGAUCUAUGAAGGGUAUGCCUUGCCUCAUGCCAUCCUGAGGCUGGACUUGGCUGGUCGGGAUCUCACUGAUUACAUGAUGAAGAUCCUGACUGAACGCGGCUAUUCCUUCACGACCACAGCUGAGAGGGAGAUUGUGCGUGACAUCAAGGAGAAACUUGCUUAUGUGGCCCUGGACUUUGACUCUGAGAUACAGACGGCCAGCUCCUCUUCAGCCUUGGAGAAAAGUUACGAGCUCCCUGAUGGCCAAGUCAUCACCAUUGGCAAUGAGCGCUUCAGGUGCCCAGAAACCAUGUUCCAGCCCUCCUUCAUUGGUAUGGAGAGUGUAGGGAUCCACGAGACAACUUUUAACAGCAUCAUGAAAUGUGAUGUGGAUAUCAGGAAGGAUCUGUAUGCUAAUACUGUCCUGUCUGGUGGAACCACUAUGUUCCCUGGUAUUGCUGAUCGGAUGCAGAAGGAAAUCACAGCCUUGGCUCCGAGCACAAUGAAGAUUAAGAUCAUAGCUCCACCAGAGAGGAAGUAUUCGGUAUGGAUCGGAGGCUCCAUUUUAGCUUCUCUGUCCACCUUCCAGCAAAUGUGGAUCAGUAAGCAGGAGUAUGAUGAGUCUGGUCCCUCUAUUGUCCAUCGCAAGUGCUUCUAACUUGCUGUAGGGUUCUUUUCAUUGAAAGUGACCAAGUCCUAGACAAUAAGUGUCUCCUUCCCACUCAGACCUGCCUUUGCCCAGGUUAAUCUAAUGCAUUCUGCCCAAUUCCACCUGCUUCCUCUUCCAUCCACACUCUGCACUUGUGUGUAGAUCCAACUCCAAUAUUGCCUUUUGGGCAAUGACUACAAUACCACUGAUCUAUGAAAUGGGGUGUAAUUGCCAAUGAAGAAUUAAAAGUAGCAUUGUUAUCCAUUUAGUUCAUGAGCUGGGUGGUAACCUCCAUGUGACAUUGAAGGCUUGCAUAGUGGUGAAUGUUCCUUUGUAUACAAAUAUUGUCAAAUAAAUUACUCAUGCUUUA